AAGCGGUCGCGUUUAAACUCAACAGUUUCUCAGCACACAGCGAGCAGCGCCUCCUCCUCUUCUUCCCCCUCCUUCAUCCUCCGUGCAUCCAUCCUCCUCCUCCUCCUCCGUUCCUCCUCUCCAUGCCGGCGGAGGUCUCCGCGGGGCUGCCAUGGCGAAGAUCCGGGUGUCGUACGAGUACUCCGAGGCCGAGGACAAGAGCAUCCGGCUGGGCUUGUUCCUGAUCGCCUGCGGGAUCCUCAGCCUCUUCAUCCUGGGCUUCUGCUGGCUCAGCCCGACCCUGCAGAGCCUCCAGAGCAAGCCGGCCAACUGCACGGUGGUGUCGGUGUUGCGUCCGGAGGAGAUGUUCGAGUGUGUGUUCACAUGUGGAGCAGACUGUAAGGGAACGUCGCUCUACCCCUGCCUGCAGAUCUUUGUCAACAACUCCGAGUCCAACUCUGUGGCUCUGCUGCACUUUGACGAGCAGCAGCUGGUCCUCAACCCAAAGUGUUCGUUUGUGCCUCCGUGUGAGAGGGACAACCAGAAGAACAGAGACAGCGUUCUGUGGUGGGAGGAUUACUUCACCAAAGAGGUCAACAGCCAGUCGUUCAUCUGCUUCUUCAACCAGCAGCGGCGGCCUGAUGACGUGUUGUGGCGCCGUUCCCAUGACACCAGUGUCCUGUUACACUGUGUUCUUUGGCCAAUGGUUUCCCUCCUUCUGGGCACGCUCAUUGUGCUCCUGACGGUAUGUGCUCGCUCCCUGGCUGUUCGAGCCGAGGCCCUCCAGAAGAGGAAGUGCUCCUAUGAGGUCUGCCAAGACCUGUCUGCCAUGCCACCUGACCGCUGCAGCAGCAAGGCCAGAGACCCACUCACGACAAACUCUGACCCCGAGCUGUCAUCGCCCUCAAGGACCCUGCCGCUGUUUGCAGUCCCAGUGCGGCGCAGAGAUCGGGAACAUUAGAGCGAGCAGAAAGAUGUUUCUUCAGCAUGAAAUCACUAAAAAUGCCAAUGAGCCGGUGGGCGAAGUCGACUAAAUGGCUAAAGACGCCACCAACAACCCAUUGCUGUCCGGACUGGUUGGUAUGAUCAGAAUGUUUGAAUGAAGUGAAGAUGAGGGGAAAUCCACUGUUGCCUAUAGAUUUCAGCAGGAAGACUGUACAAAACUUCAGACUUUUUUCUGAUUUUAGCUUAAAGUGGAUCAGUGGAAAUCUUCUGACUAGCAAUGAAAGGCUGUUUAAAUGAGGGUAGUUGGCGUUGGGUACUGAUAGCUGGUUCUACUUUGGGUCUGGUUUCUAGUCAUCAAGAAACCCAGACUUAUUAAGUUCUGGUGUUUUAAGGGUCUCUUAUCAAGUAUCUUUAUCUGUUAUACUUGUUCAGUCAUUUCAGCUUACAUGUGAGCUCCAAUAUUUGGAUUAGAUAAUUUGUUAUAGACCAGCUAUAUAAAUGAGUUUGUUCCAACUAUUAAAUGGGAAAAAUCUGUAUUCAUCAGAGAUCUUUCAGUGAUCAUCCAUCAGUUUCUGGCUUUGUCCAGCAGCAACUAAUCACAUAUAGAACAAUAUAUGUUCAAGAUAUUCUGGGAAUGGGCUAAAAGUUAUUUAAAUGUAACCAUCUCCAGUUCAGAUUAUUGAACUGGAAGUCCCAUUAUGACCUACUUUUGCCUCAGCGAUGAGAACUGGAUCUCCUCCAAUCUCAAAACGAUAAACACUGAUCUUAAUUUCAAUUUUAGGAAAGUGGACAAAGUUGGAUUGAGGUGAGUCUGGCAAAUACACUGUCGUAAGAAAAUGAUUGAGAUCAGCCAAAUUUGAAUCAGGUAGGGUUUUUGAUUCUUAGAAAUUUUUGACACCUUGUGCUGAUCUUUGACUUGUGUUUUUAAGUUGUUAUACAAAGGAUGAAAGCUGAGAUUCUAUCAGAGAUUCAGAUUUAAUAGGAUGCUAUCAAAGCCCAACCCAAACCCUCGCGCUGUGAUUGAUGAUGCAGUCAGGACAAGACAAGCAUAAGGACUGACUCUUGGGAAGUAACUGCUCUUCUGUAGCUCUCUUAUUAAUGUAGUUUCCCUUCAAGUCCCAGUAGCCAUGAAUGUUUCUUAACAGAGGUGCAAAGUCCUGAUGUUACCUUCAGGAUUGCCUCUGCUCUUCUAGCUUGUGCAACUCAAGGCAGUCUUUUGCUGAGAAUUUCUUUCAUCAGUCUACUAACAAAUGAGACUUCAUAUUACAUAUGUGAAGAUAAAUGGUUGUCUACUACAGCACUUUUAUAGUACAAUUUGAACCCUAUAGGAGCUUAGCAAUGAUUUUGUUUCAUUGAAAAAAGUUUUUACCAGCACACAGUCACAACUGUUUUUUUCUCUUUGACUUGUAUCAAUGGUCAUAGAAAAUAUCUGGAUUGUCGUCUGUUGUGCUCUUGGUUGUUUUCUGGGGGGGAGGGGGUUGUGCAAGAUGUUUUUAACCUCGUAACAUCUGCCAGGUCACUAGUUUAGGUUCACAUCAACUUUUCCUUGUAAUUUUCACUUGUUUUGCAUACACAAAUGGACAUAACUGAAGAACUGUAAGACUGACAUUUAACUCUCAUUUAACAACUCUAGUUUCUGAAGCCCAUAUAACCCUAAAGUAGGGGUCCCCAACUCCAGGCCUCGAGGGCCGGUGUCCUGCAGGUUUUAGAUCUCACCC